AUGCAAGAGACGCUGUUAAAUGUUUCAGAGGUGCAACAGCUUCAAGACACUAAUGCCAAGAAGAACAAAUCAGAUGAGAUGGAAGUGGUUGUAGUUGCAACAUCGUGCCGUCGACCACCGCGGACACGGCGCGUGUCACCGACGACGGUGGAGAGAGAGCUUCCUAACGGUGAUGUGUACAGUGGAAGCUUAUCCGGCAAUACGCCGCACGGGAAAGGGAAAUAUGUUUGGUGUGAUGGAUGUAUGUAUGAAGGAGAAUGGAAGAAGGGAAAAGCGUGGGGGAAAGGGAGGUUUUCGUGGCCUUCAGGAGCGACUUAUGAAGGUGAUUUUGUUUCUGGUAGAAUGGAAGGUUCUGGAACUUUUGUUGGUGUAGAAGGUGAUACGUAUAGAGGUAGUUGGAUUUCGGAUCGGAAACAUGGAUUUGGUGAGAAAUGUUAUGCGAAUGGGGAUGUGUAUGAAGGGUGGUGGAGGUUCAAUUUACAAGAUGGGGAAGGGAAGUAUAUGUGGAAGAACGGGAAUGAGUAUGUUGGUGAGUGGAAAUGUGGAGCUAUAUCGGGGAAUGGGAUGUUGAUGUGGAAGAAUGGAAACCGUUAUCAAGGUUGUUGGGAUAAUGGAGUGCCGAAGGGGAAAGGUGUGUUCACGUGGCGUGAUGGGAGUGUUUCGGCUGGGAACUGGGGGAAUGAUGAAGGGAGGAAUGUGAAUAAGAGGGUUUCUGUUUCUGUGUCUGUGGAUGGUUCUAAGAGUGUGGUUUUUCCGAGGAUUUGUAUUUGGGAACUUGAUGGGGAAGCUGGUGAUAUUACUUGUGAUAUUGUUGAUAAUGUGGAAGCGUGUAUGUUUUAUAGAGAUGGAAGUGAGUCGGAGAAUGGUGGUGGAGAUGCAGGGUAUGGAUAUGGACCCUCGCCAAUGUUGCAGAAGAGUCCUUGUUAUUUGCAAGAUGGGGAUGUUAAGAAACCUGGUUUUACUGUUUCUAAGGGGCAUAAGAGCUAUGAUUUGAUCCUUAAUCUUCAACUGGGUAUUAGAUAUUGUGUUGGGAAACAUGCUUCGGUGCCUCGAGAGCUUAGGUCGGGAGAUUUUGAACCAAAGGAGAAGUUUUGGACGAGGUUCCCUCCGGAAGGCUCUAAGUUUACUCCUCCGCAUCAAUCGGUGGACUUCAGGUGGAAAGACUACUGUCCAGUGGUGUUCAGGCAUCUGAGGGAAUUAUUUGCUAUAGAUCCGGCCGAUUACAUGCUCGCAAUUUGUGGCAAUGAUACACUGAGGGAAAUGUCUUCACCUGGCAAAAGUGGAAGCUCCUUUUACCUUACUCAAGAUGACCGUUUUAUUAUCAAGACCUUGAAGAAGUCUGAAGUCAAGGUGCUGAUCAAGAUGCUUCCCAGUUAUUAUCAGCAUGUUUCUCAGUACAAGAACUCGCUGGUUACAAAGUUCCUGGGAGUUCAUUGUGUCAAACCUAUUGGAGGUCAAAAGACUCGGUUUAUUGUUAUGGGAAAUGUGUUUUGUUCGGAGUAUCGGAUUCAUAAGCGGUUUGACCUUAAAGGUUCUUCUCAUGGCCGUACAACUGAUAAACCCCGUAAGGAGAUUGAUGAGACUACUACUCUUAAAGACCUUGAUCUUAGUUUUAUCUUUCGCCUGGAGCAAUCUUGGUUUCAAGAGCUUAAAUGGCAACUUGAUAAAGACUGUGAGUUCCUGGAAGCAGAGGGAAUAAUGGACUACAGUUUUCUCAUUGGCCUUCAUUUUCGUGAUGAUUACUUAACCGAUGAAAUGAAAAAUUCACCUAAUGAAUUGAGUCCAGGCAAGAGAGACAUACAAAAUGAUGACAUGCAGGACAUGAGGUGGAUACCCAUAGGCCGGGGACCUCUAAUCCGGCUGGGAAUAAACAUGCCAGCAAGAGCUGAGAGAGUGUGUAAAGCUGGAUUGGAUCAGCAGCACACUGCAAGUAGCAAAUUUACCUCUUCAAAGAGUAGUGAUGAGAUCUCUGAUGUAAUCCUAUAUUUUGGCAUCAUUGACAUUCUUCAAGACUAUGAUAUUAGCAAAAAGCUAGAGCAUGCAUACAAGUCACUACAAGUGGACCCCGCGUCCAUCUCAGCCGUUGAUCCCAAGCUAUAUUCCAAAAGGUUUAGGGAUUUCAUACACAGAAUCUUUGUAGAGGACAAAUGA